AUGGAUCAACCCGACCCGACAAAUCCCUCCGGUCUAAUCCUCUCCGCCACUGAAUCGAUUCGGUCGUUUCUCGACCUGGCCUCCGGUGAUCUUCGUCUCUCCGACGAACUCAGAGGAAUCGCUUCUGAUCUGCGCUCGAGGAACACCGUUCCCUACAAAUUGCUUCGCGCCAUAUGGGCCGGAUCCGAUCCCUCGACCAGACCGGAUUUGUCGGGACUUUUCUCCGGCUCCGAUUUCGUCUUCACCAGUCCCAAACCGAGGGAAAAGAGCGAAGAACUGAAACUGAGAUUACUGAAGCUGAGAGAGAUUGCAGAGAGGAAGGAGUAUGCUGAGCUUGUUAAAGAUAUAACACCUAGGAAGCAAGUCGAAGAGCCUUUCUCGUCUUACAAAGACCAGCUCGGUUUUGGUUUACACGUUGGUCUUACCAUGUUCACUGGAUAUUUGGUUGGAUACGCUUCUUUCAGAGCUUUGUUCAACCGCAACCCCGCUCUGAGUGCCGCUGGUGGGAUUCUUGGACUAGUUUUGGCGAUGCUUGUCGAAACGCUUCUCUUUAUAAUCAAAACGUCUAAAGAUGAUCAGGUUCAGAGCGCUAAAUCAUUCACUCCCACUACUAAGAAGAAUCAAUAG